GUCCAUUCUCCGAUUAGGUUUUUCGAAUUCUUCUUCCUCUCUCUUCAACCAAUCAAAACCCUAAUCCAAUCCAAUUUUCAAAAUGGGCGAACCUCAACCUUCUCAACCCCAAUCACCCAAACCCGAAAACCCUAACCCAAUCCCACCUCACAACUCCGACGACUCCGCCUCCAUCUCCGGCUCAAUCGUCUCAUCAACCACAAUCGAAACCCCAAGAAUCACCGACCUAACCAACGUCUCCUCCCCUCCUUCCAAAAUCCCACUCCGUCCUCGCAAAAUCCGAAAACUUUCUCCUUCUCCCAACAAGACGUCACCAAGACCUUUCAAACCAUCGAGGAUCCACGCAAAGUCUCUAACUUGCGAAGGAGAGCUCUCCGCAGCGAUAACCCAUCUCCGCACCGUCGACCCUCUCCUCUCUUCCUUAAUCGACACACACCCACCACCAAAGUACGAGUCUUUCACCACUCCCUUCUUAGCCCUAAUCAGAAGCAUCCUCUACCAACAGCUAGCCGCUAAAGCCGGGAACUCAAUCUACACACGCUUCGUCUCCCUCUGCGGAGGCGAAAACGGCGUCGUUCCGGAGAACGUCCUCCCCUUGACGCCUCAGGAGCUUCGUCAGAUCGGCGUCUCCGGGAGGAAAGCGAGUUACCUCCACGAUCUCGCGAGGAAGUAUCAGAACGGGAUCUUGUCGGAUUCUGGGAUUGUGAGCAUGGAUGAUAAGUCUCUGUUCACGAUGCUGACGAUGGUUAAUGGGAUUGGGUCGUGGUCGGUUCAUAUGUUUAUGAUUAACUCGCUUCAUAGGCCUGACGUGUUGCCUGUUAAUGAUCUUGGUGUGAGGAAAGGUGUGCAGAUGCUUUAUAACUUGCCGGAGGUGCCACGUCCUUCGCAGAUGGAGGGUCUUUGCGAGAAGUGGCGGCCGUAUAGGUCUGUUGGGUCUUGGUACAUGUGGCGGCUUGUUGAAGCUAGAGGGACGCCGUCUAGUGCUGCGGUGGGGAGUUCAGGUGGUGAUAUGUCGUUUCCACAGUUGGAAGAGAUGCAACAGCAACAGCAACAACAACAACAGUCUCAGCUUUUGGACCCUCUUAGUGUGUUCAGUAUCGGGGCGUGGGGCCAAACGUAGCUGGCUUGAUACCACAAGCUGUUGUCUUCCAUGGCGUUAGAGGGAUUCAUGUUCUAGUCUUCAGCUACUGUCAGGUGAAAAGGUCGAGUGUUCUGCUGUGAAGAAAUAAGAAUAAAGCAGUUACUUUUGUAGGUUGGGUUUCUUUUUUUUUUGAAAGAAUUGUAGGUUGGGUUUCUUAAGACACGAAACUGAAUGACUAUGCAGCAGAAAUCCUCUUAGCUAAGUGAAGAGUAUGUAAGUUUUAGUUUAGCUGAUGAACUUUGAUUUUUUGUUGUUGGAGACAUAAACGUGCUGUUUAAAGAAACUCUUAAUUCAUCUAAAACAGAUUCACG